GCGAGAGAAAGAAAAAAAAAGGGGGAAAAAUCAGGAUCUCGUUACAAGAGCAACAGACCGUCUGCAGACGCCUGUCAGCAUGGAAAGUCGGGGGCUUUCGCCCGGUUCCUCCUAGAAAUUCCCCCGAAGAAGGAUCUUGAGAGCUCCCCCACAUCUGGGUAUGGAGAGUGCAAUCACACUGUGGCAGUUCCUGUUGCAGUUGCUACUGGACCAGAAACACGAGCACCUGAUCUGCUGGACCUCCAACGAUGGUGAAUUCAAGCUCCUCAAAGCAGAAGAAGUGGCCAAACUGUGGGGCCUCCGGAAGAACAAAACGAACAUGAACUACGAUAAGCUGAGCAGAGCCCUUCGAUACUAUUAUGACAAGAACAUCAUCAAAAAGGUGAUUGGACAGAAGUUUGUGUACAAGUUUGUCUCUUUCCCGGAGAUCCUGAAAAUGGACCCCCACGCGAUGGAGAUCAGCCGGGAGAGCCUUCUGCUGCAGGACAGCGACUGCAAGGCGUCCCCCGAGGGCCGGGAGGCCCCCAGACAUGGGCUGUCAGCCCUCAAGAGCACAAGCCGCAACGAAUACAUCCACUCAGGCCUGUACUCGUCCUUCACCAUUAAUUCCCUGCAGAACCCACCUGAAUCCUUCAAGGCCAUCAAGACGGAAAAGCUGGAGGAGCCGCCGGAAGACAGCCCUCCCGUGGAAGAAGUGAGGACUGUCAUCAGGUUUGUGACCAAUAAAACCGACAAGCACAGCAGCAGGCCCGUGGUGCCCCUGCCCUCCACCUCGGAGGCCUUCCUGGCCUCGCCGGCCUCAGCCAAGGUCUCCUCCUUAAUGUUGCCAAAUGCCGCCAGCAUUUCGUCCACCUCGCCCUCCUCGUCUCGGUCCCCGUCCCUGUCCCCCAGCUCGCCCCUCCCUGCUGAACACAGAAGCCUCUUCCUGGAGGCCGCCUGCCAUGACUCCGAUUCCCUAGAGCCCUUGAACCUGUCAUCGGGCUCCAAGACCAGGUCUCCAUCUCCCCCAAAGGCCAAAAAACCUAAAGGCUUGGAAAUCUCUGCACCCCCGCUGGUGCUGUCCGGCACCGACAUCGGCUCUAUCGCCCUCAACAGCCCAGCUCUCCCCUCGGGAUCCCUCACCCCAGCCUUCUUCACCGCACAGACACCAAAUGGAUUGCUCCUGACCCCGAGUCCACUGCUGUCCAGCAUACAUUUCUGGAGCAGCCUUAGUCCCGUUGCUCCACUGAGUCCUGCCCGGUUGCAAGGGCCAAACACGCUGUUCCAGUUUCCAACACUGCUUAACGGCCACAUGCCAGUGCCAAUCCCCAGUCUGGAUAGAGCUGCUUCUCCAGUACUGCUUUCUUCGAACUCUCAGAAAUCCUGAUGACAUCUGCCCACAAUUAAAGACUUAUUAACUGAUGAAAAUAAAAUUUGUCCCCAUGGGCUAGUUUACCUGUGUCAUGAGAAGGACGUUGUGAAACCCUCUGUUAAUUUGGUUUGCACUUUUCACAACAUGGAUGGUCUAGAUUUAUGUUAGCAUUUUUAAAACUUUUUUUAUAUUCAAGUAUAUAUGAAGAUCUGUUUGGCAUUAAGUGAUUUUUAAUGUUUUUGUUUUUAUAUUCUCUUAUCUCUUAAGUACUGAACACUGUUGACAGUGAAGAACUUUUCUUAAUGGUUUUCAGUGUAACUAAUAAGGAUGUGAAGCUUUAUUUUCUCUAAUUCCGCAUAUGCUGAACUAUGCUUAUAGACACUAUAACCAGCUGUGCCUUCCUUUGCAUUUAGUUUUAUGUAAAUGGUUUAUAUAUUUUUUAGUAUUAAGAGAAAAUGUUUGAAAGACAAAUUAGUAUCAAACAGCUCUCUAGUAGAAUCGUUAUUUUUCAUAAGUAGGCAAUAUGAAAGCAUAUUCAUUUUUCUUUUUCGCUUUCAAUUGUAAAAGAAUUGCCUUAGAACCUCUUUUGAACUGAAAUUCAGCAAAUGUUCAAUUUAAUGUUUUUAUAAAAGAAACUAAGCCAUAUCUAGAAAAUAAACAUUCAUAAAAGAAAAUGUUCUAAAGUGCAUUUUUUAAAGAACGAACUUUGAAAGCCUAGCCACCAAGUAGUUUAGAAUCUUUUAGGCUCCUCCCAAACAAAAACCUGAGAUGGAAAUCUAUCACUCUACCAUGCCCUUGGAAUAUCUCCUAUGUAAGCAUGUUCUUAUUUCAAAAAAUUACUUGUGCUUCUCUCAGUUUUCCAUAAUCACACCCGAUACAUUUCCUGUAUCGUUGUAAGUUAGGGUUGCUCUAAAACCCUAGAACUCUUAACAUGUAAACAUCUUAUGCUUUGAAGAGGCUCACAGACUGGUGAUGAAUGCAAGAAUUUUGUAACACCAGGUAGCUUCAGGUGUAUAAAGCAUAGCCUUAUUUGUGGAAACUGAGAGGUAGGAUACACUGCUUAUGUAUUACUAAAGUUUAUGGUGAGAAUGAAGGAAAUUGGAUAUAAGAAAAUAUAAAAUUCUUCAGGAAUCUCAUUGUAGAACUGAACUAACAACCUGGAGCACUCAGCAGUAAAUUCUUUUUUUUUUUUUUUCAGCAGUAAAUUCUUUUGUGUAGGGUAGAGCAGUGAUAACAGAAACAGCAGGUGCCACUCUAAGGCAUUGUUCUGUACAUGAAGCAUGAAAGUUCUAAUGUGAAGAGAACUGGAAAGUGCCCAGGGCUUUCAAGAUCAGAUUAUCAUCCUCAAAUAUAAGAGUAACAAGGCAAUCUGAAAUGUGGCUGAAUGACUCCAAAGUAAGGGUUAAAUGACAAGAUUAUGAAAAAGGGUAAAAAAAUAAAGCUUAUAAAAACAUAUUUCUUAAAUUUUCAAAAAAUCUAGGAACUGUUAUCCUUAAAAUCUUGAGAUUUUCAAUUCUGUGUAUGGGGAUGUAUAUACAUCUCUAACAUAAUUGGAAUAUAAAGUAAAUUAUAAAAUCCAGACACUACUGUCACUCCCUCAUAAGCUAAGGCUAAUUCUGUACUCAAAAGAGCUGGUCCAGGGAACUGAUAUUUACCUGACGUGAAACGUUAAAAGGUUUCACCACAGUUUCCAGAUAAGGCAACUGGAAGUUGCCUAAGGCCACACAGCUCAUUAAAGGUAAAACAAUGAUUGGUGCUUAGUCCGGUUCUGUUUCCCAUACCUAGCUGUAACUUCUGGCCCAAAACUGUAAGGUAGAAAAAAACAGGUAAAGAUAGAACAUUAAAAAAAAAAAAAAUGUAAGAGAAGAAUAUACCCCAAAUGUAAGAUUCUUACAGAGAAACCAAUGCCAGUUAAUCAAUGUCCAAAAAUCUCAACCCAAAAUGUAUAUGAUUAGAAAUGCCCAAAUGACUCUAAAUCUGAUCCUUGUAUUUCCUUCCUUGAAAUACAUGUAAUGAUAGAAUACAUGUAUGAUAGAAUGUAUGAUUAACAUACAUUCUAGCUGUUUAUUAAAAAUGGAAAAACGCCAUGAUUUUUAUGGAUCAAAAAACUUAUCAUGACACAAAUAUAGAACUGGAGAUACUAAAGUAUAACCCUUCUAGCUCUGCCUCAUUCUCUGUGUGUUUUAACGAUUAUUUUAGUCAGAAAAUAGGUUUCAAAGGACAUAUUAAAUAACUUUUUUCCCUUUUUAUAUGUCUGCUUGAUCAGUGUUAAACUGCUAUGGCUAAGGUUUUAUAGAACUAUAACCUAAACGUUGUUUUCUUUGUACACCUCUUUUCUAUGAGUGCAUAUCUUCAUUCACUUUCAUAUAUGUAUCAAUUUUACUGUUAUAUUAUUUUUGUUCAAUAAAUACUUUGUGAUAAAAGU